AUGAGCGUGCUAUUUCACAUUAAAACUGCGAAGCAGUCCUACCAUCCUGGUAUCCUUGAAGAGGCAUUGACGAGGUUUGUGAAACGACCACAUUAUCGUCAGAGUGGCGACCGAUCAAGACCAAUUGACCGACAGGGUCUGGAGAUUCAAACCCCGUCCAAUCCCGUCUCGCUGCUCAAAGCCGACGCAAAGGAGUAG